AUGGAACUCAGGCAGUGGCGCGCCAUUCCUAUCGCCGUCGUCACACCGCUGACCCCAAGCGGGAUCCGCCAUCCCCACAGCAAGGCCCUUCCUCGGCGGGCGCCCCUCCCUCGUCACCGCCAGCAACAGCCACACCGUUUCCAACGUGGCGGAGCACAGCCACACGGCCGGGGCGCUCGGACUCCGCCCGCUCUUCGGCGUACCCGCCGGCUCAACCUGCGCGGUCGGCGGCUCCGGCACGACGGCCCCCUCGCAGAGUCGUCGUCCCGGCCAGCCACAGCGGACACCCUCCUUUCUCCCAGGAGUGCCACAACAUCGCCGACGCGGCAGGGUACGACCUGGACGCUCGGGUUCGGGCUAUCCCCGCUCCUCGGCGCCGGCGGCUCCACCUCCAUCGCCACGGGAGGGCGACUCGACCUGGGUGAUGAAGGUGGCGAGGGCCACGGCGAGGAGGACGUCAAUGCCGUGGGCCUCACGGGAGCAAGAUUCGCGCUCGGCCCUGUACCCGUCGAGUUCCCAUCGUCCGUGGCACAAGCUCUACUCGCGGCCAACCAUAACGGACGUUUUUGUCUCUCCACGGAGUGCCACGCCGUUGCCGACGCGGUGGGGCACGGCUGCACGGCCGGGGCGCUCGGGCUCCGCCCCCUCCUCGGCACACCCGCCCGCUUCCUCGUGGGCUCCAUCUCGAGUGCGACUGGUCUCCGAGGCAGAGUCGUGGUCGGCGCGCUCGACAUGGGAGAUGGAGACGGCGAGGGCGAGGAGGACGUCACGGACGAGCUCAGGUUUCAGGAUGCUCAUCACCAUAUGUCAGGACUCAGGAGUCGAAUCAAAACUGCGGUUCACUGUUCACAUUGGGUCUUCUAUCUGCUGGUAAAAGAACUCAAAGCAUGCUCGACGUGUACUAUUGGAAAAUCAAUAGGAGUGAUGCGGGAAGUCAUGGGAGAAAAUCUUUACAAGGAAGUGAUCGUCGCGGUGCCAAAGGAGGAUGAAGGCGAUUUUGGCUACAUCGUCAUCUGUGGGAAUGAAGUUCUUCACAGAGUUGCCAACUCCAUGGAAAAUAAGAAGCGGGACAUGAAGUUGUUAUCACAAGUCACAUGGUCACUGCAUAGCCAUUUCAUAUCGUCAUUGCGGGAAGUCAAAGAGAAGUUCAUAAUGAUAUGACAUUUAGCAAUUUAUAUGGAAAUUGUUUCUGGCGCCUUCCCUAUAAACUUCAACGAUUUAUUGCAAGAUGUGAAAAUGAAACCAUCUUUAACGCAGUACAAGCAUGUAGUUUAUUUUGUUUUCAAACAGUUUGAUCAUAUUGGAUUGGAUGCUCCUAUUC